UGGCGUCGGCGGUCCGUUCAGUUAACACACGCGCGCCGCCGGAUGCGCAUCUGCGUCUCAUCUCGUUGUCACACCUCGUCCGUCGGCUCACUGUGCAUUCCCGCGUCGUACACGUCGUACUCAUGCGCGACUCGCGGACACCCCACGUGCAUAACUAUCUGCAGUUUCGUACGGAUGCCCCGCGCCGCUAACGCGGGACGUGAGUGCGCCAGGGUGAAUUGACCGCUCCGCUCGCGCGUCCGUCCGCCCGUCUUCACGGCUGUGAUGUGCGACGGCGAGAGUGCCGCUUUUCACGAGGCGCGGUAGUGACGCGUGUGUAUAUGUUUGUGUGUAUGUUGUGUGUUUAUGCGCGCGCGCGCGCAACGUAAAGAGAAAAAGAGAGAAAGAGAAGUUCCGAGGAUUACUUAACCAUGUACCCCAGCGCCGGGAUGAACGCGGCGGCGGCGGCGGUGGCCGUGGCGGCCGCGGCCCGACAUCCGGGCCCACCGCAAGCCAGUUCAUCGUUCAAGUUUACGGUCGCCGAGUCCUGCGACAGGAUCAAAGAGGAGUUCAACUUCCUACAAGCGCAGUACCACUCUGUAUCAUGGAUAAUUCUUCUGUUGCAGUACUAUGAAAUGUCAUACGGCUUGAACGUGGAGAUGCACAAGCAAACGGAAAUAUGUAAGAGACUGAGCAACAUUAUCGGCCAAAUUUUGCCAUUUCUGUCUCAAGAGCAUCAACAACAAGUUGCCACUGCUGUUGAAAGAGCAAAACAGAUUACGAUGACUGAAUUAAACAGCAUAAUGGGGCAACAGAGGCCAGACAUGCGAUUCCUUCAACAAGUGCACGCCCAGCAAAUACCACCUGGAACGGCGAUGGCUCAUCCGGGUUUACCUGGACUUCCCGGAUUGGGGCCAGCUGCCGGGCUUCCGGUACCGACUUCCGCGUCCGCGGCUUUGCUCGGCCUCGGAUUGACGCCUGGGGCGGCAGCCGCGGUCCCCAGCACGACCGCCGCUGCGCAUUCCCUGUCGAUGCUCGUCAAGCCGGACAUCCACCGUGGUCAACCGGACGAUCUCAAGAGCAAUGGCGGUCUAAGUUCAGCGGAUGACAGACACCGGGGCUCGAUAUCGCCGGCCGACAAGUACAACCGGCCGCGCACGCCGCCAGAGACAACCCACACUCACCAUUCUCACCACUCGCAGAAUCAUCACGAUCACUCGAUGCACGCGGCGAAGAAGUUGAAGAAGGAACACGAGAAGGACGCGGUACAUAGUGACGGCGAGAAGAGCGAUCAGGAUUUAGUUGUGGAUGACGCGAGCGACGGUCCGCCUAGCCCAGUGAUGAAUGGCGUGACGUCGCCGCGCGAAAACGGCCUCGACAAAAUUUCCUCGGUGCCGUCGAUGGGGGCUGCCGGCGUGCAGACCAUAGGGAAGAAGGAGUUGAUAACGACGCCGCACUCGCCCAGAAGCGGCACGAGCAGCAACGCGAGUACGCCGUCAGCCAAGAAGAUGGAGGAACGCGAGAAGCCGGCGACGCCAAUCUCGAAGUCGUUCACGCCGACAUCUGUAGCAACGGCGGCGGCGAUCGGCGGCAUAAAGUCAUCAGGCUCGGGGAAGCACUUGCAAGGCCCGUCGAUGCCAUCGAGCUCGAUACCACCACCUGCGGCCGCUUAUCCGAGUUCGUUGCAUUAUCCGCCACCUGGCCUGCCACCGCCGCACAAUCUGGCGCCGGUAGCGCAUGGCCAGCAUCCGCAUGUCGACGUGAUGACCUACAACGGCUAUGCGACACCAAGACCUCCCGCCGCUUUGCAACAAUUGUACGAUCCCCAUGUAUCCCUGAGGACUUCGAUCGCUCCGCAAGGAGGGAAACCUGCAUACAGCUACCACGUGAUGAGCGACGGACAGGUCCAGCCGGUGCCGUUUCCGCAGGACGCCCUCGGUGGCGUAGGGAUUCCGCGCUUCGCGCGUCAGAUUAAUACCCUCGAACAUGGCGAAGUAGUCUGUGCGGUAACAAUCUCGAAUCCAACCAAGCACGUUUAUACCGGUGGCAAAGGUUGCGUCAAAGUUUGGGACAUCGGCCAGACGAAUGCAAACGACGUAAAGCCUGUCUCACAACUUGACUGUCUUCAACGUGACAACUACAUUAGAUCGGUGAAGUUACUUCCAGACGGUAGGACGUUGAUAGUAGGUGGCGAAGCCAGUCAACUGAGUAUUUGGGACUUGGCGAGUCCCACACCCAGAAUCAAGGCGGAGUUGACUUCAUCGGCGCCCGCGUGCUAUGCUCUGGCGAUCUCGCCCGACUCGAAGGUUUGCUUCAGCUGCUGCAGCGACGGCAACAUCGCGGUAUGGGACUUGCAGAAUCAGACCUUGGUCAGGCAGUUCCAAGGACAUACCGACGGAGCGUCGUGCAUCGAUAUUUCUGCCGAUGGAUCGAAGCUUUGGACGGGAGGCCUCGACAACACCGUCCGCUCCUGGGACCUCCGCGAGGGCAGGCAAUUGCAACAACACGAUUUUAAUUCGCAAAUAUUCUCACUUGGAUUUUGUCCCACUGGCGAAUGGCUGGCAGUCGGAAUGGAGAAUUCACACGUCGAGGUAUUACACGCAACAAAGACGGACAAGUAUCAGCUUCAUCUGCACGAGUCCUGCGUGCUAUCGUUGAGGUUUGCCUCGAGUGGCAAAUGGUUCGUUUCCACGGGGAAGGAUAAUCUACUGAACGCUUGGCGUACGCCUUACGGAGCAUCGAUAUUCCAGGCGAAGGAAACCUCAUCGGUACUCAGUUGCGAUAUAUCGACGGACGACAAGUACAUCGUCACUGGUUCUGGCGACAAGAAGGCCACCGUCUAUGAGAUUGUAUACACGUGAAACGUAUAACGCUGUACGAGAGGCUAUCAACUGGCCAUUCCCUGGAAACAGAGCGCUCGUCAAGAGCUCUUUCGAAAGUGUUACGACGGAUGAUGUGAUACCGUUGUUGGUUCUUUUUGUUAUCGCUGUUGUUACUCGCUCGUUGAAAAAGGGAGAUCGUCAACGCAAGGCCGGGCCACGAAACGGACACGAUUGAUUCGGAUUUUAAUGAUUGAUUUAAAAAAAA